AUAAAUCGUGGUAUUAAAAAAAAAGAUACCCCUUGAACUUCCAAAGAGCUUCCUAGGAAUAGCAAAACCUAAUAUAAAAUAACAAUACAACAGCAAAAUAUUUAGCCCAGGCUACUCUCGGAUACAAUAUGUAUUGUUAGUCUAUUGCAGUUUUUACUUGAUGAAUCCCUUGCGCACCGUUUUUGUGUGUUUCGUGUAAGAUGAGCUCGUACGUAGCAAACAACAUUUUCAAGGAGCACACGCACGAGGCAUCCUCCUUUAACACCAUGAAUAGUUUUGGCAGUUAUGUCUCUCUCUCUUCCCUCCAUCAAGCCAAUUAUGCCUAUAACGGAGGUCUUAAUUUCAACGGAACAUUCACCUCCUCUGAUUCCACUGCGAACUCUCUGAAACUAGAAGAGAUGGAAACUAGCCUGCGAGGCAAUACGGACACUCAACCUCCACCACGACUACAGUCUUGCUCAGCUGCGAGCUCCCGGAACUCCGUGCAAAACUGCCUUCGUGAUGGGAUACUGAGCAAAGGAACUGGAAGGCCAAUGGAAGUGGUCGAAAACCCUAUGACUGAAGAAAACGCAAUCAAAGUCGAAACUAUGCAACCUGUGAAAUGUCAAAACCAUUCGAAGAAGCACCAAGACAGUCAACAGCAACCGCAGAUUUUUCCCUGGAUGACAAAACUACACACGAGCCACGAAUCAUCUGACGGUAAACGCUCUCGAACCAGUUACACCCGCUUCCAGACUCUGGAGUUGGAGAAAGACUUCCAUUUCAACCACUACCUCGCCCGUCGCAGGCGCAUUGAGCUCGCCAAUUCCCUCUGUCUGAACGAGAGGCAAAUAAAAAUUUGGUUCCAGAAUCGACGUAUGAAGUGGAAGAAGGAUUCGAAACUGAAAUUAAAGGACUCAAUAUAAACAUGGAGUUGAUGACUGAUCUGGAGACGAACUGCUAAGAGAAGUACUCAGAGGGAGACCAUUAUUCGAAACGUGAAGGCCGUUUUCAUAAAUCAGCACUUGUGUUACGGACUAUUACAUUAUUAGCAUAUUACGUGUUUGUAACUUUACAUGUGGACUUUUAUUCUUUGCUUGAUGGGUGUAAAAAUGGAAGGAAAAUAUUGAACAAAAAUAUAGUCAUGUGUUGUCUAAAUGUAAAGAUUGUGUAAAGACCUUUGGAAGUCUUAGGGAGGAGCUGACUAUAAGGCCACUCCCUCUUUCAUGUUUCAAUGCAAAUACAUGAACAUUCUGCCUAUUCUUUUAUCCUUGAGAUAAUAAUUAAGAACAUGUCAGUGAGUGAUACUGAGUGGUAAUACAAUCAUAACGAGAAGACCUAACUGUUCAUGUGUCUUAUAAUGACGAACAUUUUUUAUUUUAUUAAAUGUCUUAAAAUUCGUAUUUGGGCGCUGAGUGACUUUGUUGUAUUCGGGUUUACAGCAAACAGACGGUUGACUUUUUGAACUAUGGAUUAUGUCCAACCAAAUAUGUAAGACUUUCAUGAUGGUAUUUGAGGACAGCACCCAUACCUAUAGGCCUACCAUUCCAUGUCUUAUAUAUAUGUUCGCAGUUGUCUGAUCCAAUCGAAACAGUGUACGUAUUGAAUACUCUGCCACCCCCAUAGAUGCACAAUAAUUGCAUAUGUACAGAAGGCCUAUUAUACAAUUGCCCGAAUAAGCUUGUGAUUCAAACAAAACGCUUACAGGUGUUGAGAAAACGUUUGCAUAAACCUCCCAUACCGUAUUACCAGCACAUUCGUGUCGCACUUUUAUAUCAUUACACAUGUACAGGCACUUAGUAUUAAGAAAUAGAUUCGAGGUCCCACACGUCUAUUUAAAACAUUUACAGUAGGCCUAUCAAUCCCUGACAGACAAACGCAUGCACAUACACGUUUAAGCCCCCAGUAAAACUGUAUUACUGUGUUUCCACCUCUCCACCACAGAUAUGAAAUGGUUCCUGUUUUAACAGGAUAGAGCCAGAGAGCAUAGCUAGCUGCUUGUAAAUUCCUAUGGGCUGAGAUGUAUAAGCUAACUUUCUCCAUAGGCCUAGCCACUCACAGACUUGGCUGUUUCAGUGGCCUUACUCACGGACCAAAUGUAAAGCUAUGGUUAUGAAAUAUGUUAGAGUAUGCUAUAUGUUUAUAUUCAGUCUAUAUCAAAACGUUGUUUUUUUUAAAGCUAACAAAAAACGGUUUAUUAAUAUAGCUUUAAGUAGAUAUUUGAUCAUGUGAGUGAAUAUUGUAAGCUAGUGUAGUAGACAAAACCAUAAGUUGAAACACAGCUAUGCAUUGACCUGUAUUUGGCACACUGCUGGCCUAACUAUUGACACGUAUUAUAACAAGAUGUCUUAACAAAACAAAAAUCUAGUUCCAGGGAAAAGGAUUAAUCAGAUGCCUUUUCCUGUAGGAAAUGUUGCCCCAUAUGAAAAAUAGAUAUAUUUUCACUCACCUUGCAGAUUUGUAGCCUAGUUUCACUGCUAUAGAAAUACAACAGAGCAUGGGCUGCUUUCUCAAUGUCACUCUCGGGCCUAACCGUGCUACAUUGUUAUAUAGGGCUAUCGCAUUCCCCUUUUAGUGUCUCUUUCUUUUAGUAGUUUAAAGUUUGUAAUGUUAUUUAUGCCAAUUGCCUCGAGCAGGGCCUGUGAAUGGUGCACAGGGAGCACGUGGUGCCAUUAAAGUUGGGGUUUAUGGCCUGGAAAAACUGACAAACCUUCGAUAUAUACACAUCAUAUAUAAUCUUGUCCUGAAUCGCAGCUGCUGGCUUCUAUUACCUGAGGUAGAAAGGGCUUUGUCUCAGUUAGUGUGGAUUACCUUGGCCCGGACUAGUCCGUCUGUAGUGGUGGUGCUGAUCUCUCGGUCACAAAUGGAUCCUUAAAUACUCCAACAACAAUUGAGGACCGAGGCGGAAUGAAGGGGAGCAUGUAUGUUAAGAAGAAAUAAACACGUAUUGCUAUGCUGCCUGAAGAAUCGGAGCGGGUCCCUCGGUCGCCAUUAAGUUCCUUUCAGACUAUUGGAGGUGAUUCAGUGUGCUGUCAUAACGAGGCUGGUGGUCUCCUAAGUAGAGGAAGAAAUGGAAAAAGACAGAGAUGGAGGGAGGCGAGAGCGUUCACCAGCACCCAGCUAGUGUUGCUAGAGAAGGAGUUCUACUUCAGGCCCUACCUGUGUCCACCCCGCAGGCUGGAGAUGGCUGCAGGCGUGAGGCUCACCGAUCGGCAGAUCAAGAUCUGAUUCCAGAACCGACGCAUGAAACACAAGAAGGACCAUAAGGAGGACAGUGUCAUAGAGACUGAGACGCCAAACCAUCCUUCUCUACCACCACACACGUUGUCCUCCCUCAGCCCAAGGUUCUCUAUUGGUGUUGGGUACUCAGUUCUUGUCUGGUGAGAGCGCCUAAAUCUCCAACCCUCCUCUUCAUAGAUUAUGAUCGGACCCCUGCUCUGGUUGGUUUUAACAGUAGAAAUGACAGUGAAUGGUUUUGUGUUUCCUCCAUGGACCUUCCCCAUCUCACCACCAUACCUGCACCUGUCUCUUACUGUUGUAGACAGCAGUUGUUUGUCCACAGGUCUCUCAGAACCUUCCUCAGGGCACAAUGAUGCACACCUAUCCUCUUAUGACAUCAGUGCACGCUUCAAACGUCACGGCUGCCCCCUAGAGCCUCCUACUCACCUGUGAGAGUAGGCCACAACGCUAACACCUCGAUUGUGAGUCGAAGGGCUCAAUUCAAUCAAAGCAGCAUUGUAGACGUUACCUUUCAUUCAACGUUUUGAUAGCGGCUUCCUGAACAAGGCAUAAUUAUUACCUGUAGGGUAUCCUGAGUAUCCCUGGGACUAGGUUUCUAUUCCAAAGCAACCACUACUGCCCCAUCUGUUGCUAUUCUAUUAUACCUUGUGGCAGAUGUAACGCAUGAUGUACUGUACAUAGCAUACCAGUAAUCUUUUGGCAUAAUUGACCUGAUAUAGCUUAUAGCAAUAAACUCCUCAAAUACCUUC